CAUAAAACGAACUUUGCGCCGGUCUGACGACCCGAAGCCCGUUAACGUUUAACGCGUUUAACGGCGGCCCUUUCUCCGCUUCAAACGGCUUCAGUAACUUUACGACUCUCCCUUAGUCCUCGGUCGACCUUUGCUCGCUAACAUGCGGUGCUUAAUAACAACAGCCAGGCUCUGUUCUCGGCGACGAAGCGUCGUCCUCCUCGCGGACGGACUCAUAAACCAGCGGAGCGUCGCGGCUCGUCGCAGCAUGUGUUCGUCCCAGGCUAAACGACCAGUUACCUUACUGGGAACCAUGCCGUUCGGUGGUCGGGCCGACCCGGACCAGAGCCGGGAGAUGGUGCAGGCGUUCCUGGCCCGGGGGCACAGCCAGCUGGACACGGCCUUCAUGUACGCGGAGGGGAGGUCGGAGGUGGUUCUAGGAGGAAUGAAUCUCCCCAGAACAGUGAGCAUUGCUACCAAGGCCAACCCCUGGGAAGGGAAGACCCUCCGGCCGGAGAGCGUGCGCUCACAGCUGGAGACCUCCCUGCAGAGGCUCAACACCGACUGCGUGGACCUGUUCUACCUCCACGCCCCCGACCACCACACCCCGAUCCAGGACACGCUCAGAGCCUGCAAUGAGCUCCACAAGGAGGGAAAAUUUAAGGAGUUUGGCCUGUCGAACUAUGCAUCAUGGGAAGUGGCUGAGGUUGUGUGCAUCAGCAGACACAACAACUGGAUUAUUCCAAGUGUUUAUCAGGGAAUGUACAAUGCCACCACCAGGCAGGUUGAGAAAGAGUUGCUACCAUGUCUGAGAUACUAUGGGAUCAAGUUCUAUGCUUACAAUCCUCUAGCAGGAGGCUUUUUGACCGGGAAGUAUCAUUAUGAAGACAAAGAUGGUGCCAAGCCUGCAGGACGGUUCUUUGGUAACAGCUGGGCUUCAGCUUACAGGGACAGAUACUGGAAGCAAAGUCACUUCCAGGCUAUAGAUGUGGUUCUAAAGGCCUUGGAGACGGUGUAUGGCUCAGAGAAACCCACCAUGUCCUCUGCUGCCAUGCGCUGGCUGUACCACCACUCUCAACUGAAGGCCGAUCUUGGAGAUGGAGUCAUUAUUGGUAUGUCAAGCAUGGCACAUCUUCAGCAGAACUUAGCAGCUGCAGAGGAGGGUCCUCUAGAUGAGCGUGUGGUCGCUGCCUUCAAUGAAGCCUGGAAUCUUGUAGCCCACGAGUGUCCAGAUUAUUUCAGAUGAGAACUGCCAAAAUUCACUCGUGAAUGUGAUGAAGGAUUAGAAAAAGUUACUCUAUUACUUUUACAGGCUGCCUAAAAAUCACAUUUCAAAUUAGUACUAUUCCUCUAAAAUACAUCAACUGAGGAGCAGCUUAUAUGAAGAUCACGCUGUUGUAUAAAUGUAACAAUGACAUUCAAGGCUGAAUCUAUUAAACUUUUAUCAAUGAAAAAAGAAAAACAAA